UUGUGCUCCUCCUGGGGAGGGGAUUUUAGUAGUAUAAUGAGGUAAAGGUUAUGUUGGGUCGUUCUAGGGGUCACUCCACAGUCCAUCUGCGCAGGGCCAAAGGGUCUGGCUUGUGGGUGUGGUCAGGGCAGUCGCCAUCCCACCCCUGAGGUAGUUUUGGGUUUCAUUUGCCAGAGUUAAGAGAAAAGCCGGAAAAAAGCGCUUAAGGAAAAACGUAAGACAAAGGCUAGUGAGUACAUGCAGGUGGGCGGUAAAGGUCAGGUCCUGGGGUCUAGCUGGUGACACGUUUGCUCUUCGGUGAGUUACUGGCAGAGACCGCUCUAGGCGGAGUUGUGUCACACGGGAAACUUUAUUUGUAGCAAAUAAGGAGAUCAGGAGGAAUAACUUGCAAAGUGGUAACUCUUCAAGUGGAGGGUCCUUUCUCAGGGUCAAGAUUUGGGUCAAUCACAUCUUUGCAAUUAAAAAAAAAAAGUCAAAUACCAGAGUGAUUUGUGAUCAUCAGCAAGAAACAAACAAUAUCUGUGCAUUAGAGAAACUUGUAAGCACCUGAUUAAAGAAGAGAUCAGGUCAACCACACCCGUGGGAUGAACCUCUUCCUCUGACACAACCUCACCUGUUAACUGGAGCUAUUCAGGAAGAAAGAGGCAAAUGCAAAUUGUGGGAUGCUCCUGAGAGGCAACUGGCCAGGGUGUUUCAGCAAUGCCAAUGUCUUACAAGGAAAAAAAAAAGAUGAAACAAAUUAAAAUUCAAGGAAAAGAAGAUUAAAGAAGGAUAAAGAGGCAUGAAGCUAACUGCCAUUCAUGAUCCUUCGGGCCUCUCCCCAGGGCAGCUAGCUUGAGCAUCCUCACAACAUGGCGGCUGUCUUCUCCCAGAGCCAGUGAUUCAAGAGAGUGAAAGGCAGAAGCACUAGUAUCUUUUAUGACCUGGUCCUGGAAGUCACAUACUGUCAUUUCCACAUUAUCCUAUUGGUUACACAGGACAACGUAUGAGGAGGAUAUUGUUAUCCCUGCUUGAUGAUUGAGAAAAUGGGAGUCACAGAGAGGGCUAGCAACUUUCCCAAUGUCACACAGCUAGGGAGUAGUAGAGGUGAAAAAAAAAAAAAAAGAUCCCUGAGUAACUACAAAUGCAGGAACAUUUUAACAUUCCACGGUAAAGAAGCUUUACCAGCAUGUCUGCCUACUACAGGAACUAUGGCUAUGAGGAAGAUCCAGAUUACCCUGAAUAUUCAGGAUCUCAGAACUGGACAUGGGGGGAUUUGAAAACUCGGGAUUCUCCAGAUUCUCCAGGUGUUCUGAACAACUCAGACUACCCUGGCAUCAGGAACAACCCAUACUCUGAAGACUCCAGAACAACUUCAGACUAUCCCAGGUCUCUAGCAGACCCAGAUUAUCCUAGAUCUUGGAGUAAUCCAGAUCAGCCUGGCACCAGAAGCACUCCAUUCUCUACUGGUUCCAGACGAAGUUCAGAGUAUCCUGGGUCUCUGGCAGAGCCAGAUUAUCCUGGAUCUCAGAGUAAUCCAGGCUACCCUGGCACCCAGAACAAUCCAUACUCUGCAGGCUCCAGAAGAAGUUCAGACUAUCCCAAAUUUCUGGCAGAGCCAGAUUACAUUGGAUCUUUGAGUGAACCAUACCAUCCAGUCUCAUUCAGAGAGCCAGACUACUCUAAAUCCCAACAAAAUUCUGACUUUGCAGGUUCCAGAAGCAGUAGAAACUAUGCAGGCUCCAGAACAAAUCCUGAUUAUCUGGACUCUUUGGGAGAACCAGACUACCCUGGAGCUCAGGGAAACUCUGACUACCCUGGCUCCAGAGCCACGUCCAACCAUCCAGGCUCUAGAAGGAAUCCAGAAUUUGCUGGUUCCAGAAUCAAUCCAUACAUAGACACUCUAGGAGAGCCUGAUUAUCCAGGUGCUGAGAAUCAACCUAAUUCUCCAAACUUUUUUGGGGAACCAGACUAUCCCAGGACUGAGGAUUAUCAGAAGAACUCUCCAAACUUUUGGGGGAAGCCUGAUUACCCAGCUGCUGAGGAUGGUCAUGAUUAUGGCUCUUCUGAGACUUCAGAAACAACUAGAGAGGUGUUCAGCAGAACAUCUUCAAUCCAGCCCUCAUUUCGUCGUAGGGGUGAUAGCCCCUCGGGCAUCCUUGGGAGAAAGAAUGAUUACCCUGAAAGCAUUGCAAUGAAAUCCAUGGAGACGGCAAAUCCAUAUGACUCUGUGCCCGGGGCUCCUGGCAGUGGCUGUGUGAACCCUGCUUCUGUGGGUGAAAGUAACCCCCGCCCAGUUUAUGGAAACCCACCAUUGUCUGGAUGUGACUGGCACAAGUCACCCCAAGGACAAAAGUUAAUCGCAUCUUUGAUACCAAUGACCUCUAGAGACAGAAUUAAAGCCAUCAGGAGUCAGCCAAGAACCAUGGAAGAGAAAAGGAACCUUAAGAAAAUGGUUGACAAAGAGAAAAGUAAGCAAUCCCACCGUAUCCUUGAGUUCAACUGCUGUGCUCAGUGUCUGAACUCCGUUUCACAGGCUUACCGUAGAUCUAAGAACAGCCUGUCAGAACUGCUCAGUUACAUCAGCCUAUGGCAGAAGACGUUCAAGGUCAUUGGAGGCAAGUUUGGAACGAGCGUCCUCUCCUAUUUUAACUUUCUGAGGUGGCUUUUGAAGUUCAACAUUUUCUCGUUCAUCGUGACCUUCAGCUUCAUCAUCAUCCCUCAGUUUACUGUGCCUGAAAAGAACACCCUCCAAUUCACCGGAUUGGAAUUUUUCACCGGGGCGGGUUAUUUUCAGGACACAGUGAUGUACUAUGGCUUUUACACCAACUCUACGGUCCAACACGGGAGCAGUGGGGCACCCUACAACAUGCAGCUGGCCUACAUCUUCACAAUCGGAGCGUGUUUGAUCGUCUGUUUUUUCAGUUUGCUAUUUAGCAUGGCCAGGUAUUUCCGGAACAACUUCAUUAACCCUCACAUCUACUCCAGAGGGAUCACUAAACUUAUUUUCUGCUGGGACUUCACCGUCACUCAUGAAAGAGCUGUCAAGUUGAAACAGAAGAAUCUUAGCACGGAGAUAAGGGAAAACCUGUCCGAAAUCCGUCAGGAGAACGUCAAGUUAACGCUCAAUCAGCAGCUGAUCCACGUGUUGGCCCACCUGGCAGCCUGGGUCGUCUCUACUGGAGUGGCCAUUGCCUGCUGCGUAGCUGUUUAUUACCUGGCUGAGAACAACUCAGAGUUCCUGAAGAACCACCAGAACCCUGGAGCAGUGCUGUUACUGCCUUUCCUCGUGUCCUGCAUCAACCUGGCAACGCCACGCCUCUACUCCCUCUUCAGGCUGGUGGAGAGGUAUGAGACGCCGAGGCGCGAAGUCUACAUCCUCCUCAUCCGAAACAUCUUUCUGAAAAUAUCAAUCAUUGGAAUUCUUUGUUACUAUUGGCUCAACAUUGUGGCCCAGGCUGGUGAAGAGUGUUGGGAAACUCUCAUUGGCCAGGAAAUCUACCGGCUCCUUCUGAUGGAUUUUGUGUUCUCUUUAGCUGAUUCCUUACUGGGGGAAUUCCUGAGGAGACUCAUUGGAAUGCAGUUUCCAACGAGCCUUGGUUUACAGGAGUUUGACAUCGCCAGGAACGUCCUAGAACUGAUCUAUGCACAAACUCUGGUGUGGAUUGGAACCUUCUUCUGCCCUCUGCUGCCCUUUAUCCAAAUGAUUUCUCUUUUCAUCAUGUUUUAUGUCAAAAACAUCAGCCUGAUGAUGAAUUUCCAGCCUCCGAGCAAAGCCUGGCGAGCCUCACAGAUGAUGACUUUCUUCAUCUUCUUGCUCUUUUUCCCAUCCUUCACCGGGGUCCUGUGCACCCUGGCCAUCACCAUCUGGAGAUUGAAACCUUCAGCUGAUUGUGGCCCAUUUCGAGGUCUGCCCUUCUUCAUUCACUCCAUCUACAGCUGGAUCGAUACCCUGAGUAAAAGGCCCGGCUACCUGUGGGUUGUUUGGAUCUACCAGAACCUCAUCGGAAGUGUGCACUUCUUUUUCAUCCUCACCCUCAUUGUGUUAAUCAUCACCUAUCUUUACUGGCAGAUCACAGAGGGAAGGAAGAUUAUGAUCAGAUUGCUCCAUGAACAGAUUAUUAAUGAGGGCAAAGAUAAAAUGUUCCUGAUAGAAAAGUUGGCCAAGCUGCAGGAUAUGGAGAAGAGAGCAAACACCAGCUCGUUCACCAUGGAAAGGAGGGAUGUAGAGCAAACAAGCCCUUUGCAUGUGAGGGAACACAAUGCUGCUCAUGACCUGCGAUUUAGGCGAUCAGUUCAAGAAGAGAAUCCAAAGGUGUAAUGUUUAUUGCGGCAGCCACACACCCGUCAAAUGAAAAUACCAAGAUGGAACAACUUCUUCCAUGACCCCUGGGCCUUUUGGAGCUUCCCAGGAGGGAAUUUAAAUCAUUAGCCAGGAGCAGAAACUGACCACAGUGUAAAUGCUGAAGUAAAUUUGGCAAUUUCCUUCC